UUUCCCCCUCGUGUGGUUUAUCCACCUCGAAACAGUUUAGUGCCAACGGCUGCACUGAGGAUAAGACGCUCCUCUACCACCGGGCGGCGCUGUUGGGACCAAUGUCACGGCCGUGGAUCUUUUCUGCAAGCUCACCUCGAAUGCGCGCAGCUCCAUGAUGGAUAUCGCUCUAGCUGCUACGUAGCCGCGGAGUGGGAGGGACUGCCCAGCCAUUCCAGCAUUUCCAUUGGUUUUACAGUCCGCUCGGCGGAGAGGGGGGUGCCUCUAAUCAUAUCCAGCAUGUUUUGCACAAGAAAUGUCAGCCAGAAAGGGCUAUCUUCUCCCCUCGCCAAAAUACACCACAAUGUCAUGUUCGGACACUCCGUCAGGAAAUGCGUUUUUAGUGGAUUCUCUGAUCAGUGGCCGCAGCGACAGCGGCGGAGGUCACUACACUGGGAGCGCGGUGUGUGUGCCCCAUAGCACCGCUACAGACGUGCCUUACGGACUACACAACUAUGGAUACUUCCCAGGUAUGGGUAAGCGCAGCGAGGUGCCCCCCCAAAACAUGGUUUCCGCCUCAGGCGCGUACAUGUCCAGCAUGGAAAUGUGGAUGGACGCGCAGAGGUCAUGUCGAAUGGACCAAGAGCACCCGGUGGGUCCCCAGGUCGCGCCCUGCUCGUUCCCGCAAAACAUUAAGGAAGAGAGCACCUACUGCUUGUAUGAGCAGCCGAAGUGCCCAAAAGCCUCCACUGCUGAAGAUCUUACAUAUUCGAGGUUAGCAGCAGCCGGCCUCGGCUCGAGUUCUUGUACAGUUACCGAUGGCGGUGGUGUGGGCUCUGUGCCUGUGCCGGGCUACUUCCGCUUGUCUCAGACGCACGCACAUUCUCAUAAACUUUACAACACCAACGGCCCCCAGCCGAACCCUUCCCAUUCUCAUUUUGGCCUACACCCCACUGCUCCUGCUCGCUUCCACACGCCACCAGCCUCGACUUCUGCUCCAGCCACGGCGCAGGAAGGCAGGAACACCGAGGAGCCCGUGCCCUCUGGAAACGCAGACCUGCAGCCUCACGCUGCUCCGGGUACAGAGGAGGCACCCGAGUCCUCGGAUGCAGAACCCUCAUCAGCUGACGAGACAGAAGAUCACGACAAAGAGAGACCAGCAAAGUCCACUAAAGGAGACAAAAAAAGUGAAAACACGGCCAACUGGUUGACAGCAAAAAGCGGCCGGAAGAAACGCUGUCCAUACACCAAGCACCAGACACUGGAACUGGAGAAGGAGUUCCUCUUCAACAUGUACCUGACCCGAGAGCGCCGCCUAGAGAUCAGUAAAAGCGUCCACCUGACGGACAGACAGGUUAAAAUCUGGUUCCAGAACCGCAGGAUGAAACUGAAGAAAAUGACGCGGGAAAACAGGAUCCGGGAGCUCACCUCCAACUACGGAUUUUCAUGAUGAACGAGGUGAUCACAUUGAAAUAGAAGAGAAUUGGUGAAAUAAAUGACAACCACCCUUUCUCCAGCACCCCCCCCC